CUCUCUCCUGUGAUUGAUAGAUGAGCUAGCUCAUCGGAGAUCCUCGCGUUUGUAGGAGCGUUUCUGGUGACCAGGUCUUCCUUUACACUCCUCCGGCAUAAUUUUCUCUUUUUUAUUCAUUUUGUACGGUGCUGUCUGUUUCAAUUCUAAUCGACGGCCAAGCGAUCUCCGAAUUUUCUAUUUGUAUUGUAUCUCCAGUUUGCUUAUUUGCUCCCUCCCUCUUUCUCUCUCCCGCUCUCUCCCUCUCUGUGCAAAACAGAGCAGGAAGAGAGAGCAAGUGCGAGCGAGGGGCUUCGAAUUACCGCCGUCCAUCGCUCGCUGGAGCUCGGGAGUUUCCGAUCGAGGAUGAGCGCUUGCUGAGGAAUAAAGAGAGCGAGAGAGCGAGCUGUUGCAAAGGGGACAUAAAUACUCAGAGGAAACCGGAGAUAAUAUAUUCAGAGAAUUCAUUCCGUUAACGUGCAUUGUAGAAAUAACGAGGCACGGAGAGAGGAAGGCAUCCAAGCUUUGGUGGUUCUUGCACGGGACACAUACACCUAGAUCGCUUCUUCAAUCUUCCUUCCUUCCCUUGCCUUUUGCCAUAAUUUAUUCUCUCUGAAUUCCUUAAGCAUCCAUUUGCUUUCCUAUAAAAUCUCCUUUGCCGUUGUGACCCUUGCUCCCUCUGCGAAUUUUGUUUCUGGGAACUUGCUCUCGCAUUUUAUGUCCUACCAAUGAUGUUCAUACUCUAAAAGGACAUUGCUGAUUUUUCCUACAAUUGUGGUGUAUUUGAUUGUUGGUGGAAGCCAAUGCUAUUUGUCUUCUGUUGAGUUUUUCUAGUGAGUUUUGAGUCCAGAUUGCAUAAUGCCUUCCCAGAUGAUGGACCCACAGGAUUUGUCUCCGUCCUUCUUUUCUGAGGACUUGCGUUUUCAUGAUGAGAGCCAGAAUGGGUUUUGGAAGUCAAAUAGCCUGCAUAAUUUCAAUGGUCUGAAAACAGACAGAACAUUCAGAGUAGGAAGUGUUCCUUCAUCGCAUUUUGAGAACCAGAUACCUAUGGGUUGUCAGAUGACAAAAGGUGUUGAGCUUCCUAAUUCUUAUUUACAUAAAGAUUGGAAGGUAAAUUGUUCAAUACAAAAGCAAGCAAUUGGAUCAGAAAGAGCUGCCAGCCACUCUUUGCCAAGAACUCUUGAUCACAACUUAGGCACAGCAUCUAUUUUCAGUACAGAAUCUACGUCUUAUGCAAUGGAGAGAGACAAAAUAAAUAUACUGGGGGCUCAACAUGAAAAUGGUCUUUUUUCAAGUUCAUUAUCAGAGUUAUUUAGUAGGAAAUUGCAACUGUCAACAAACAAUUCUCUAUAUGGACAUUCCAUGGGCGCCACAGCUUCACACUAUGAGGAAGAGGAACCUUUGGAAUCCCUUGAAGAACUUGAGGCCCAGACUAUCGGAAAUCUUCUACCUGAUGAUGAUGACUUAUUUGCAGGAGUGACUGAUGGGCUUGACUGUGUUGCCCAACCCAACAACAGAGAUGAUGGAGAAGAUCUGGACCUAUUUAGCAGUGUUGGAGGGAUGGACUUGGGUGAAGACAGUUCCUCUUCAGGACAAAAAAAUUCUGACAUGCUCUUGGGGGGAUCUAUUGCCUCAGGUGCUGGGAAGCACCCACUUGGAGAGCAUCCAUCGAGAACACUCUUUGUGAGAAAUAUAAAUAGCAAUGUUGAAGAUUCUGAAUUGCAAACUCUUUUUGAGCAAUAUGGAGAUAUUCGCACUCUAUAUACAGUGUGCAAGCAUCGUGGUUUUGUUAUGAUUUCCUAUUAUGAUAUUAGAGCAGCCUUAAAUGCAAUGAAAGCUCUCCAGAAUAAACCAUUGAGACACAGGAAACUAGACAUACAUUUUUCAAUUCCAAAGGACUAUCCACCUGAGAAAGAUGUCAACCAGGGUACUCUGGCAGUUUUUAACCUUGAACCUUCUGUGUCAAAUGAUGAAAUUCAUCGUAUCUUUUGUGUGUAUGGGGAGAUUAAAGAGAUCCGGGAGACUCCGAAUAAAAGCCUUCACAAAUUGAUAGAGUUCUAUGAUAGUAGGGCUGCAGAAGCUGCACUUCAUGCCUUGAACGGUAGCUAUAUUGCAGGGAAGCAGAUUAAGCUUGAACCAAGUCAUCCUGCUGGUGCUAGACAGUUGCAACCAUUUUCUCCAGAGAUGGAACGUGAUGAGUCUGGUCUUUAUUUGCAACAGAAUGGCUACCCUAGUAGCUUAACAACAGCAUAUCCUGGCCCAUGCUCACUUGGUGGAAUCCCAUCUAGCUUGGAGAAUGGGACUAUGUUUGGUUCAAAGUCACCAAGUAGAGCUCCCCUUACUCAAUAUUUGGACAAUUCCUUGAACCAUGGGAUGUCACUGAGUCCCAACAGCAGCUUAUCCUCAUUCGUCAGGCUGGAAUCCGUGGGUAAACAAUCUAAUCUCAGUGAGACCAGCCACUUACUGGGUCAAAUGAACAUUGAGUUUAGGGCCAAGCCAAAUGGCCGCACUUGUUCUCUUCCAGAAUAUCAUGACGGAUUAAGCAAUGGAGUUCUCUCCAAUUCUCCAGGUGCCAUGGCCACAAAUAUAAAUGCCUGGACAUCUGAUGUGAUUGACAAGCAGCAAUUCUGUCGAGUUGGCUCAAAUGGGCAUUCAAUUGGAUUAAAUGAUGGUGUUUUUGGUCCCACUGGAAAUGGUAGCUGUACCCCAUCUGGACGUUCAUAUGCAUGGAGUACUUCUCCCCGUCAUCAGCCUCAAGGCAUGAUGUGGCCAAACUCACCAUCACUUGUCAGUGGAGUUUGCACUGCUCGCCCACAACAAAUGCAUGCUGUUUCUGAUGCACCUAAUCACAUGCUGAAUACACUUUUACCAAUAAACAACCACCAUGUGGGAUCAGCUCCUUCUGUCAAUUCUUCUAUUUGGGAUAGAAGACAUGCGUAUACUGGUGAAUCUCCUGAAGUUUCUGUUUUCCACCCUGGUUCUCUUGGUAGCGUGCAGAUUUCUGGUAAUUCACCCCAUCCCUUGGAGUUUCUUCCUCAUAAUAUGUUUCCUCGGGCUGGUGGAAAUGGUAUGGAUUCUCCAGUCACUUCAAAGAGUGUUGGGUUACCCUCUCCUCAUCAGAGGUGUUUGAUGUUUCCUCCAAGGGGUCAAAUGAUCUCUAUGAUGAACUCAUUUGAUUCUCCAAAUGAGAGGACAAGAAGCCGAAGAAAUGAGGGCUCUUCAAAUCAGACGGACAACAAGAAGCAGUUUGAGCUUGACAUUGACCGAAUUGUUCGAGGAGACGAUAAGCGGACAACGCUAAUGAUAAAGAACAUUCCUAACAAGUACACAUCAAAAAUGCUUUUAGCUGCAAUUGAUGAACACCAUAAAGGAACUUAUGAUUUCAUCUAUUUGCCCAUCGAUUUUAAGAACAAAUGCAAUGUCGGCUACGCAUUUAUCAAUAUGACUGAUCCUUCAUUCAUUAUUCCAUUUUAUCAUGCUUUGAAUGGCAAGAAAUGGGAAAAGUUCAACAGUGAAAAGGUGGCAUCACUUGCAUAUGCUCGCAUCCAGGGAAAAGCUGCCCUUAUUGCUCACUUCCAGAAUUCUAGCUUGAUGAAUGAAGAUAAGCGAUGCCGUCCUAUUCUUUUCCAUACUGAUGGCCCCAAUGCAGGCGAUCAGGUGCCCUUCCCCAUGGGUGUAAAUGUGAGGUCAAGACCCAACAAGAGUCGAGGCAGCACAGGUGAAGAAAACAACCAUGAAAUCCAUGUAAGCUUAUCAAAUGGGGAGUCAUCUUCGCAUGGAGAAUCUUGUGGAGUGGUGAAGGAUUCAAAUUAAAAAAAAUGACUGGACUGGACUGCUUCCUAGCUCAUUGUUGGCACGCACUAACUAACCUUCUAGGGAUGAGACUAAUUUCACCCAAAAUUUUUCUUUUAUGUACAUUAAGGGUGGUCACUGGAAAAAAAAAACAGAAAACAAAGGAAGAGAAGGAUUCCUUCCUUGCUUUUCAGAAUUUUGCUGAGCUUGUGAAUUUUAAUUGAUAAGCCAUGAGCAUUGCCCCAUUUUCUGCGGGGCUGCCGUGUAAGUGUAAUACUACCUACCUACCUACCUCGGCAGGCGGCGAGAUCCCUAAGUGGAGCGGCUGCUGGAGCUUCAAAUUUUGGAAAUACUAAUUGAUUUUAAACAAAAAAGAGGAUCGGAGAAGAGUUUGGCUGAAGAAAGGGGUUCUCCUACCAAAUUUUCAAUACUUCAGAUGAGAUGCAGCAUGCCAAGGCAAAAAGAAAGAAAAAUUUUGUUGUCAACAUUUUUUGAAUGUUAAAAAAAAAAAAGCAUGCUAUGCUUGUCUUACUUAGAUCUCGGCUGUAACCUUUUCUUAUCGUUUCUUUUUUGAGUGCUAUAUUAAUUUGCAUGUUAAUCAGAUGAGAUGUUAUUGACAGACAUUGCUUAGAUUAUGCUGUUAUGGACAUGGGCUUUGAAAUCUCAAA